CAGGACGGGAUCUCAGAGAGCUUACGGAUCAAAGGGUUCUUGGGUCAGAAUGGUUUUCCUGGGCCCUGUGAACAUAAGUACUGUGGUUUGGGGAAGCACUGUGUGGUUAAUCGAGAAACAGGUGAAGGAGAAUGUCAGUGUCUGGAGCGCUGUAAACCACAUUACAAACCUGUGUGUGGAUCUGACGGCAAACUCUACCAGAACCACUGUGAGCUUCACAGAGCCUCCUGCAUGGCCCAUCAGAGAAUAACCAUCAUGCACAGCGAGGAAUGCUUCUACAAAGAUGAUAAUUGUCAUCUGGGAGACUAUAAAAAAUUGAAGACCAAGAUGUUGGACUUACACGCUCAGAGGUACUUGACCCCCGGUAACCAUGGCAGCCACGAGAAUGAUAUGGAAGCUAGGAAGCAUCUGGUGGACUUGAUGUUCAUGCGCUUUGACGCAGAUGGUAAUGGAAGAAUUGACAGCAGUGAGCUCUCACAGGUUAUCAAGCAGGAAGGUCUCAGCAGGACGGCAUCAGAGUGCACUCUAUUCGAUCUGUUUAAAUAUAACGAUGUCAACGAUGAUGAACACCUAACCAGAGAGGAGUUCUACGUUGCUUUUGGUGAGUGUUUGGUUUUGAUGAAGUGA